AUCCCCAAGAUCGCUUGUACAACUUGGAAGAAAAUUAUGGCACACCUGCUUGGAAUUAAGAACAACAGAUCUGUACACAGCCAACAUUUUCCACUUCUCGGCUCUUAUUCAAAAUCCAAGGUUCGCUAUAUUUUACAUAACUAUUACAAGUUUAUGUUCGUUAGAGAUCCGUUCGAGCGACUCUUAUCGGCCUACAAGGACAAAUUCACAAGACAAUCAGACUAUGUUUCCAAGAAAUAUUCUAAAAAGAUCCAGUGGUCAGUCAGAGAGAGACUGGGUUCUAGUGCGAGUGUCUUAGCGGACAAACAGGAAAUCAAAUUCUCUGAUUUCAUCCUGUAUUUGAUUGACGUCAACAGCAAAGGAGGCCCAUAUAACGAGCACUGGCAGCAUUAUGACAACCUGUGCCAUCCGUGCAAGAUUAAGUACGAUUUUAUUGGACAUUAUGAGACCUUAGAAGAGGACGCUCGGUUUGUCUUACACGACACAGGUGUCGAUCGCUUCGUCUCUUUUCCUCCUGUUCGUUUUACUAGUACCAAAGACAAAUUGGCACAAUAUUAUAGCAAGCUGCCAAGAACAGAUUUAUUGCGGCUUCAAAGAAUUUAUCAACGUGACUUUGAAAUGUUUGGAUAUAAUAAAAUCUUCAUGAGUUUCCAAUGAACUCGAACUCAGUAUCACUCUCAGUAGAUUGAUUGUAAUAAUUUUAGUUGGUUAUAAAAUAAAUUAAUAGAAUUUCCUAAUUCCUCGGGUUGCUCGUGUUCACAUACCAUGAUAAUAAAAAAUGGGGAAGAAAAUUUCCGGUUUUCACUUUCACGCCAUCAAAAAUGAGAAUCAAAAUUGCGCAAAAAAUAAAAUCCAAAAUCUCGAAAGUGAUCAGAGGUUAAUACCCGAAAACCCUUGCGAACAUUCUUUUUAUUUCAAUUUUUCAUACGCGAGAUAAUAAAAAAAUAUUGGAUGAGGUUUUUGUGAUAUCCGGAAUAAUCAAGGUCGAGGAAAGUGUUAUCAGCCGAGCCGAAGGCCGAGGCUGAUCACACUUACCGAGACCUUGAUUAUUUUGGAUAUCACAAAAACCGAAUCUUAUAAUUGUUUUAUUAUACAUUGUAAGAAAAUAACGACAAACACACCGUCGCAAGGAACCUGAAUUGAUAUAAUUGUUAUAGGAAGUCAUGCAUUGCGUGCGUAACCUACUGAUCAGUCAGUUAUCUGCCAGCAGAUAACUAACUUACCUCUAGGUUGCGCUGAUUUUCAAAAUUAGCUGUAGGCUUUUAGCCAAUGAGAAAAAAGAUAGUGAGUACAAUGUAUAAUAAUCAGAGUAAUGAUUUACCCAAAUUUCUAGAGCGUUUUCACACGACGUCACGGCGGCCAUUUUGGUGUCCCAAAACAAUGAAACGGCGGCCAUGUUGGUGUCCCAAACCAGUCCUGUGGAAGUUACUCUUUUCUCAUGCAAACACUUUCUUUUGUUCCAAUAAAUAUUCACAGCUGUUAGCCACGUGAGUGAAAACGCUUUUUAGAACUUUCUUUGGAGACGCCAUGUUGUUGCCCAUCUGGAUGGGCACCGACAAGGCGACCGGAAACCAACAGAAAUUUCUGUCACCGCUGAGUUUUGCUAUGAAAGAGUGAUUUCAUUUUUCGAGGAACUUAUAGACACUGAGAUAAUACUUUUAAUCAUCUAUAUACAAUGACUGUUCAUGUAGUAAAAUCCCCUCAAAAUAAGUUAUUUUUUUAAGACACAACUGCUUUCUCCGCCGCUGCUCAAAUAUUUUAUGAAAGUAAAAACUCAGAAGGAUCGAUAAUUUCUUUAUGUUGAACUUUGAUGGGGUCAUUUCAAAACCAGCAAUUGUCUUUCAAAAGGGCAGAAAAUUAAGGAGCUUUUUUCAGUGGUGUCUAAACUUCGUUUCUUUUUAGAUCCAUCUCGUACUAAACAUCUUACCACUCAAAAGAGUGAGUUUAGAGGUCAGUAGUAGACAAAGCAAAAUUUAAGAUGAAUACAACAGUAUUUUUAAUAUAAACCAAGGGUGAACUUUACAUUGCUUAUUAAAUAAUAGCGUGAUAGGCUAACGCGUUAGUGUCUUAUCGGAAAGAGUUGGAAUGUGUAAUUGCAGACGAUUGGUAUCACUUCGCAUAAGGUCUAUUUCAAAAACGCUUAUUUUUGUUUUUAUCAAAAGUGUCCUUAUAAAUGACCCAACGCCGAAAUUCUCCUAAAACACCAUGUUAACUAUUAAGACAAACAAAGCCAUGCAGUACAACCGUCCCUAUUUAUCUAAUAAUAAUAUCAAACUAUACUAUUCUGAAAAGUGAUUGGUAAAACUUUAAGCAAGUGAACACAGAUUCUGACAUCUCCUCACUGGAUCUCGAGGUUUUUUUGCCAGGACUUAACUUCGACUUUUUACACCGAAACAUAAGGGCAUUACGGUUUGCUUGCUCAACUGUGCAAGGGGAGUCAAGAGAGAGACCUCAGAACAUCUGAUAUUCUGGUUACUGCAACUCGAGCACACUUUUUUGUACAUUUCUUUGUUGCACGACUACCACGUGAAACUUUGUAGUUUCACUUUAUAUGGAGAACGUGAACGAAAGACAACAAUUUUCUUUUUCUUUUUCUGAUAUGACUUUUGAUACAGUCAUUUAGAGUUAAUUCCAGAAAAAUUCCCCAAUAUUUGACAAAUCGAAUGAAAUGGGAUAAGAGUCAGAUGAAGUUUGAAACGUCACUUUUAGAGUGACGUUUUCGCUGCCGAAGACGUCGUAACCAUAUAAUCCAGGCAUAAAUUGAUUAAGAAUCCGUCAGCAAAGCUUUGACGGGUGACGAAAAAAAGAUCCACAAAAUAUUGUUUAAACUGAAUUUAAAGACAUUUUUCUUGGUUUUCAGCUUUAACCUCCCUUCGUUUGGCGGAUGGUAUAGUAGAGGCAACGUCGGCGAAAUCUGAGGUAAGAAAAGUAAUAGCCUGCCGAACAAAGUAAUAGCCUGUGUCGUAUAGAGUGUUUUCACUCACGUGGCCAGCAUCUAUGCAAAUGUAUUGGAACAAAAGAAAGCGUUUGUAUAAGAAAAGAGUUCAACUCCCACAGGACUGGUUUGGGACACCAACAAGGCCGCGGUUUCAUUGCUUUGGGACACCAAAAUGGCCGUCGUGACGUCAUGUGAAAACACUCUGUACGUAAUUUAACAUCGGUCAGUUAGUUCCGGGCUCCCAAUGGACUCAACGAAUUACCAGCAGUCCAUUUCGAGUUUCCCUUCAUUCUUAUUGGUAAAUCGACAAUGGCUUUUUCAAAAGGCCAGUCAUACCACGUACUUAAAUUCUGGUAUACGAGUGGGGGCCCAGAACAAAGACAUCGGUGCUGUUUCGCAGACGGACUUAACCAGAGACGUUUCGUCUGUAGCGCAGGCCACAUCAGAGGUGGAGCAUUGUUUUUACCAAAUAGGUUUGUUAUGUCAACAACCAAGGAAUAAUUAAGUUUUGUUUCCUUGUUUGCAACUGCAGCUUGCUGCCUUCAUUCUAUCAAGACAGGAGAAACGCAAGUUCCUAAUAUCAUCUUACUGUAAAAAGACAAAAUCAAGCCCUUUGUUUCUACCAACUGGAAGUUUACUAAACCAUCUCAUAGUUGAUAACAAGCACAAGAUCCUAUACUGCUACAUCCCCAAGAUCGCUUGUACAACUUGGAAGAAAAUUAUGGCACACCUGCUUGGAAUUAAGAACAACAGAUCUGUACACAGCCAACAUUUUCCACUUCUCGGCUCUUAUUCAAAAUCCAAGGUUCGCUAUAUUUUACAUAACUAUUACAAGUUUAUGUUCGUUAGAGAUCCGUUCGAGCGACUCUUAUCGGCCUACAAGGACAAAUUCACAAGACAAUCAGACUAUGUUUCCAAGAAAUAUUCUAAAAAGAUCCAGUGGUCAGUCAGAGAGAGACUGGGUUCUAGUGCGAGUGUCUUAGCGGACAAACAGGAAAUCAAAUUCUCUGAUUUCAUCCUGUAUUUGAUUGACGUCAACAGCAAAGGAGGCCCAUAUAACGAGCACUGGCAGCAUUAUGACAACCUGUGCCAUCCGUGCAAGAUUAAGUACGAUUUUAUUGGACAUUAUGAGACCUUAGAAGAGGACGCUCGGUUUGUCUUACACGACACAGGUGUCGAUCGCUUCGUCUCUUUUCCUCCUGUUCGUUUUACUAGUACCAAAGACAAAUUGGCACAAUAUUAUAGCAAGCUGCCAAGAACAGAUUUAUUGCGGCUUCAAAGAAUUUAUCAACGUGACUUUGAAAUGUUUGGAUAUAAUAAAAUCUUCAUGAGUUUCCAAUGA